GCUAGGGUCUGUGCUCGGGCCUCCGCCCGGCGGGAUUGCGGCCCGCCGAGAGAAGUGUUGGGCCUGGGCCUAUAAAAAAUGGAAGAAUACAAAGUGUUGAAAGUACUAGGAGAGGGAUCCUUUGGCAGAGUUCUCCUAGUUCAUCAUGGAAUCAGUGACCAGAAGUAUGCGAUGAAGGAAAUAAGACUUCCCAUGUCUUCGUCUGGUGUAGAGAACUCUAGGAAGGAAGCAGUUCUUUUGGCUAAAAUGAAACAUCCGAAUAUCGUUGCCUAUAAAGAAUCAUUUGAAGCUGAUGGACAUCUGUAUAUAGUGAUGGAAUAUUGUGACGAUGGAGAUCUAAUGCAAAAGAUUAAACACCGAAGAGGAAAUUUGUUCCCUGAAGAUAUGAUCCUUCACUGGUUUGUGCAGAUGUGCCUGGCGGUGAAGCACAUUCAUGAUAAACGUGUGCUGCACAGGGAUAUAAAAUCCAAGAACAUCUUCCUCACUCAAAACGGGAAAGUGAAAUUGGGAGAUUUUGGAUCUGCACGCCUUCUUGCACACCCGAUGUCAUACGCUUACACAUAUGUGGGAACUCCUUAUUACGUACCUCCAGAAAUAUGGGAAAACAUGCCAUACAACAACAAAAGUGAUAUAUGGUCUCUGGGGUGUAUUCUAUACGAGCUGUGCACUCUAAAACAUCCGUUUCAAGCCAAUAGCUGGAAACAUCUCAUCCUUAAGAUAUGCAAAGGGUCCUACAAUCCACUACCAUCUCACUACUCCUAUGAACUUCAUUACUUAAUAAAACAGAUGUUUAAGAGAAAUCCUCAGGAUCGUCCAUCAGCCAGUACUAUUCUUUCAAGAGGUUGCUUAACCAAACUUAUAAAAAAUUGUUUGCCUUCUGAGAUGAUAAAAGAGUUUGAGCAGGUAGUAAAGGAAACCAAGAAACAUGAAGGCAGUGCAGCAAGACGAAAGGGCAGUGUCAUGGCUGGUGGAAGCUCAAAUAAUAGGAAAGAAAAUAGGCAAAGAGAAGAUGAAAGUAGCAAUCGUAGCCCCUUAGAAAGGAAAAAUAUUACUGAGAGUUUGAGUGAAGGCACAAAGGAACAAAGGAAAUCUGAGCAAGAGGGAGAUAUUGAUUUGUCACAUGUCCACAGGAGGCAAUGGGAAAAAAGGAUAUCCAAUACUGUACUGGAUGUCCUGGAAAAUGCAUCCUUGCUUUCUUCCAGUUUUACACCUGAAGAGACUGAAAGUGGUGGUGUUAUAAACUACUGUGAAAAAAAGCCACGUAAGCAGUGGAACAAGGAAACUCCUCAGACCCUGAUGAACAUUCUCACUAAUGCAGAUGUCAGCCUAGCAUUUAAAACAUACACAAUUUAUAAGCCAGCUUCUGAAAAUAUAUUAAGAGGUCCACUUUCUGAUGAAACUGAAGCAUCUGAUGAAGUAGAUGGUGAACAUGAAGAUGUUGUCAUAGAUUCUGAGAGACUUGAGCCUAGAUCUGAUGAAGAUGACACGGACUUCGAGGAAGACGACCCAGACUGGAUGUCGGAACUGAAAAUGGCAUUGAAACACAGUGACUGAAAACUUGAAUUUACCUAUGAUAAGUGAAGUUGGGUGUGCUGGUCUUUAUAAUCAAAAUAGUUGUUAAUAAUUGGUUAUUAAAAUAAUUUAAGUCAAA